UAGCAGUAAUUUCUUAGGGCGGCUUUGAGCCCUGUGGCACAGGAGGGGUUAAGUGCUGCCGUGGCUGUGCCGCUUGUUGAAUGAUCUCACAGUCGCUCCGUGUCACAUUGUUUCUACUUUGUGCGGAGGGAGAAGCUGCCGAAUGUGAGACCCGCUGCAGUAGCAGCACACACACACACACACACAGGCACACACAGUCACACGGCUAUCUCCUGCUAUCCCGGGGAGGGGAAGGAAGGAGUCAGGCUGCUCAUAUAAUCCACUGCCUGUGGAACGUGAAGAUGGCGGCUCCCAUCCCCACCAAGCCUGGCAGUGUGGGGGGAGGCAGCAAACCUGCUUCCCCCGAGCUGGAUUUCAGAUCUGGAGCUCGAAUAGAGGAAUUAAACAAACUAAUUCUGGAAUUCAGCAAACAUGACCAGAGGGAAUACGAUGACCAGAGAGCACUGGAGAUCCACACUGCUAAAGACUUCAUCUUCUCCAUGCUAGGAAUGGUGCAAAAAUUAGACCAGAAGCUGCCGGUAGCUAAUGAGUAUCUCUUGCUGUCUGGAGGUGUACGAGAAGGAGUUGUGGACCUUGAUCUUGAUGAACUAAAUGUUUAUGCUCGUGGAACAGACUAUGACAUGGAUUUCACUUUACUUGUGCCAGCUCUAAAGCUUCAUGAUCGAAACCAGCCAGUAACUCUGGAUAUGCGCCACUCAGCUCUUUGCCACUCAUGGCUAAGCCUUCGAUUGUUUGACGAGGGAACUAUUGCAAAGUGGAAAGACUGCUGCACAAUUGUAGACCACAUCAAUGGGGCUACUAACUAUUUCUUUUCACCCACAAAAGUUGCUGACUGGUUCCACGAGUCAAUCAGCAUUGUAUUGUCAGAGAUUCAGAAGAAACCUCAGCGUGGAAUGCCCAAGGUUGAGAAGGUGGAAAAGAAUGGCACUAUCAUUUCUAUAAUCUUGGGAGUUGGUAGCAGCCGCAUGAUGUAUGAUAUUGUUCCUGUGGUCUCUUUCAAAGGGUGGCCAGCUGUAGCUCAGAGUUGGCUUAUGGAAAACCAUUUUUGGGAUGGCAAAAUUACAGAAGAAGAAGUCAUUAGUGGGUUUUACUUAGUCCCAGCUUGUUCGUUUAAGGGGAAAAAGGAUAAUGAAUGGAGGUUAUCAUUUGCCAGAAGUGAAGUUCAGCUAAAGAAAUGUAUAUCCAGUAGUUUAAUGCAAGCUUAUCAAGCUUGUAAAGCUAUAAUCAUCAAGCUUUUAUCCAGACCAAAAGCUAUAAGUCCAUACCAUCUGCGCAGUAUGAUGCUCUGGGCUUGUGAUAGACUUCCGGCUAAUUACUUGUCUCAAGAAGAUUAUGCAGCUAAUUUUCUAUUGGGACUUAUUGAUGAUCUGCAGAAUUGUUUAGUCAAUAAAAUGUGUCCCAAUUAUUUCAUUCCUCAAUGUAAUAUGCUUGAGCAUCUUUCAGAGGAGACGGUCAUGUUGCAUGCUAGAAAGCUAUCAUCUGUGAGAUCAGAUCCUGCAGAACAUCUGCGGACGGCCAUAGAACAUGUCAAGGCAGCUAACCGGCUUACUCUGGAUCUUCAAAGGAGAGGAAGUACCACUAGCAUACCAUCCCCUCAAUCUGACGGAGGAGAUAAUAAUCAACCGGAUGAUCGAUUAGCCAAAAAAUUACAGCAGCUAGUGACUGAGAACCCUGGAAAGUCUAUCUCUGUUUUCAUCAACCCUGAUGAUGUAACCAGGCCCCACUUCAGGAUCGAUGACAAAUUUUUCUGAGAUUUGCCUAUGCUUUCAUUGAGACUUCAUGUGUAAUCUGUGUGAUGUCCUGUUUUUACAUAUCCAGCAUAGAUUGGAUUUGUUGAGAACAACAUGAACUUCUUAAUCCUGUUUGUGCAGGACUUUGCAAAUUUUGGAAAAGUAUAUUACUAUUUCAUAUGCUGCUUUGACAGUUUUUAGUUUUAAGGAAGUACAUGAGCCUUAAUGACAUUUUUUUUGUUUGCAGUCAUGUCUAUUUAAUUUUUGUACAUGUCGAACAUUCAGAAUUAUGUUUGGAAAGGGAUUUAUUACAUUGGGCUUCCAUCAUUAGACAUUGCUUUUGAGGAUGUUUGUGCUAAAUACACUAUUCUGUACACUUAUGGUGUGUAUGUCUUUUCUUUGUCUCUUAUGGCAGGAAAAGAGAGCACUGUUUAUGUA